AUGAUUCCCCUAAUAUACUCGUUGAAGUAUGAAACAAGCUGUCGCGCUGUCUCGACUAUUAGUAGUAUAUUGGCGUGCGCAAUACCGGUGGCAGUAAGAGAUCGGCGUGGGGAUCGGCGUGGCACCUGGCCACCCUCUUCAGUCGCGUUUUUUUCCGCGAGUCGACUCGCUGAAGCCGGCUACAUCGUACAGAGUUUGGUCCUCCAUCAGAUCGACAUCAUGUCUUCACCUGUAAUGGCUGAGGCAGCAGCUGGCAAGGUGGAGGCAGCAGCACAAGAGAAACAAGAGAAGCCAAAGAAGAAGAUCUGCUGUGCGUGCCCGACGACCAAGAAGCUGAGGGAUGAGUGCAUUGUGGAGCACGGGGAGGAGGCUUGCACCAAGUGGAUCGAGGCUCACAAACAGUGCUUGCGAAGCGAGGGCUUUAAUGUCUGA